CGGACCAACUUGGCCGCGCGCGCGACAUCGCUCCCCGCGCGUUCCCCGUUGUUCUGGGCGCGUCGACGAUGAGGCGCUGCGGCGCGCUGCUCGUGAUAGCCGCGGGCAUCGGGACGCUCGCGAGCGAGCGCGAGCUCGACCUCGCACUGCCCGCCGAGUUUCUCGUCGGGACCGCCAGCUCGGCCUACCAAGUGGAAGGAGCGUGGAACGCCAGCGGCAAGGCCGAGAGCGUCUGGGAUGACUUCGCGCACAAUCACCCGGGGAGCAUCGCCGACGGCUCGAACGCCGACACCGCUUGCGACUUUUACCACCGAUACGCGCGAGACGCGAAAAUGCUGAAAGAGAUCGGACUCGGCCACUUCCGCUUCUCCAUCAGCUGGACGCGCAUCUUCGACGGCGAGCUGGCAACCAGGCCGAACCCCAGGGGCGUGCGCUUCUACCACGACGUGCUGGACGAGCUGGAGCGCCAGGCGAUCCUGCCGAUCGUCACGCUCUACCACUGGGAUCAUCCCCGGCGCCUGGAGCGCCUCGGCGGAUGGACCAACAGCUACAUGGCUCAAGCCUUCGCCGACUACGCCAGAUUCGUCUUUCGGGAGUUCGGCUCCAGAGUCCCGGUCUUCGUCACCAUCAACGAGCCCCAGAUAUUCUGCCAAAGCGGAUACGCGGCGGCCGAGUACGCACCCGCCGCCAAUCUCUCGGACCUGGGCAAGUACCUGUGCCUCCAGAACGCGCUCAAGGCCCACGCGCUGGCCUACCACAUCUACGACAGGGAGUUCCGCGGCCGGUACAAGGGCAAAGUGGGAAUCGUCGCGCAGUGCUACUACUACUACGGCAAGAGCGAGGCCGACAGCGCGGCCAGCGAGGUGGCCUUCGAGUUCAACUGCGGCUCGGUCGCCAACCCGAUAUUCUCCAGCGAGGGCGACUUUCCGCCAAUCAUGAAGCAGCGAAUACGAGAGACGAGCGAGCUGAGGAAUCUGAGCCGAUCGCUGCUGCCGGACCUGUCGCCCCGCUGGAUCGAGCUGAUAAGAGGAUCGUCCGACUUCUUCGGGCUGAAUCAUUACACGUCCCACGUGGUGGAGUCUCUGCCGAGGAGCGAGCAACUGCAGUGGCCGAACGACGAGGGGUUGCGCCACUCGUUCGACCCCGCGUGGAGGACGACCGAGAGCAAUUGGCUGCGCCUGGUGCCCCGAGGCUUCGGAGACCUGCUCAGGAAGAUCAAACGCAAGUACGGCAAUCCCGAGGUGUUGGUCACCGAGUGCGGGGCGUCGGACGCGGACCUGCUUAACGACCGCUUGAGGAUCGAUUAUCUGUACGCCUACAUGAGGGAGAUGCUAAUUGCGAUCAAACGGGACGGAUGCAACGUCAAGGCGUUCACCGUGUGGAGCUUUCUGGACAGUUUCGAGUGGGACAAAGGAUUCACGAACCAUUUCGGACUGGUGAACGUCGACUUCAGCAGUGCCAACCUCACGCGCACCUUCAAAAAAUCAGCCUCGUGGCUGAAGGCUGUAUUGCAAUCCCGCAAGCUCGUCGAUCCGGCCGACUUUCCGUGAUCGCCUCUG